GGAACUGGGAGCACUGGGAGUUACUGGGAGGGCACUGGAGGUGGUCCUGGGGCCGCUGGGGGUGUCACUGGUGCGUACUGGGCUAUACUGGUCUGUACUGGGCAGUGCCAGAGUAGCAGCGCGGGGGUGGGUACGACCUGGGGGUGUCACUGGGAGGGUUCCUGGGGGGGUCGCUGGUUUAUACUGGUUUAUGUUGGUUUGUGCCGGUUUCUGUGGGUCCGUACUGGUCCGUACUGGUCCAUACUGGUCCGCGCUGGUCUGUCCCGGGCAGUGCCGCCGGAGCAGCGCGGGGGCGAGUACGACCUGGCCGCCGUCAGGCUCUGCUUCCAGGUGUGGGUGAGGGGCCCGGGGGGGCUGCGGCCCCUCCCCCCUGUCCUGUCCCAGCCCAUCUACGACAACCGUGAGUGGGGACACCUGGGUGACACCUGGUCCCCAGGGGACCUGCAGUGCAUCGAGGAGAAGCGCAAGAGGACGCGGGACACGUUCCGCAGCUUCGUGCAGCGCAGCCCCCUGCCCGGUGCGGGGGGCACUGGGGCCCCGGGGCCCGGGCUGGGGGCGGGGCCCGAGGACUCGCUGCCCUCGCUGGGGGAGCUGGACUUCAGCGCCUUCCUCAGCCAGUUCCCCUCCUCCUGACUGGGACGCGCUGGGAGGGGUCCAGGGGGGCACUGGUGCCUACUGGGAGGGUUCAAAAGGCACUGGGAGGUUUCUAGGGGUUACUGGGACUUACUGGGAGGCUUUUUGGCUGUACUGGGAGGUUUCUAGGGGUUACUGGGAGUCGCUGGGAGGCUUUUAGGGGUUACUGGGAGGCUUUUGGGCUUUACUGGGAGUCACUGGGAGGCUUUUGGGGGUUACUGGAGGCUUUUUUGCUUUACUGGGAGCCACUGGGAGGUUUCUACGGGGUUACUGGGAGUCACUGGGAGGCUUUUAGGGGUUACUGGGAGGCUUUGGGGCUUUACUGGGAGGUACUGGGAGAUUUCUGGGGGUUACUGGGACUUACUGAGAGGCUUUUUGGCUGUACUGGGAGUCACUGGGAGACUUUUGGGGGUUACUGGUGAGCUUUGAGAGGUCUGUAGGGGGUGCUGGGACUUACUGGGAGUUACUGGGGACACAACUGGGAGUGUCCGGGAACUCAGUAUGGUUACUGGGAGGCUACUGGGAGUUCUGUACAGUUACUGGGGGGUUACUGGGAAUCACUGGG